AUGAUAAUUGCUGCAACAACACUCGUACUGCCGAUUGUUCUUGGGCAAACCUUCGAAAACAUUCAUGUUGGGUUUCCCGAUGCGUGGCAUGGCGAUAAGUACAGAGAGCUGUUCUGUCCAAGCACGAAUAUACCCAAAUUUCUUGAUGGCUUUUUUUUAUGCCAGUUGUCUGCUUCUUACGGAGACUUUUCCGCGCCACCUGGUAAAAGACUUAAUCAUAUGGUUGAUGCGAUCGGUGCUAUAGGAUCAUUUCACAUCAGCAACGGACAAGUAACGUUUUCCUCUCGGUACUACCCAUCCAGGCCAUAUAAAAUAUGGGAAUUUUAUGACCGCAACAUAAGCAAGUCCAGUGUUGCGUGGUCUGGUUGGUCAGACUACAACUUGACAGCAAUGUCGAGAUGGGAGAAGGUUCCAACAAAUCCCGAUAGUGCCCGGUUUCACCCGAAUCUUGACUUUUGGAGAGUAGGGAAACGAAUUCUUGCGGGCACAGAGGCGCCUUUUUGGAUAGGAUACGAAUUCGAUGUACCCACAUUAACUAAUUUCAAACUUUUCAACUUCGUUGAAGAGAACGAUAUAUUUUCUACACCUCGUCCCUCAAUGAUCCCAAUUUCUAUGGCAAUCCAUGAACGAUCUGAUUCAGAUGGUAUCAUCUGGGGUUCCUUCUCUGCCAUGAAUUUUGAGGAGCAACGGUUUUAUCAGGGCAUAUUCACGCUUGACCCCCAAGGAGUUCGACGAGUUAUUGGACUAUUCGACUACGGUAAAUGGGAUCCUAAUGAUUGUGGUAAAAAUGAUGAGUAUCUAGGUUAG